AUGAGAGCGUCCAGAGGUCAUGCUGAAAGAUCUCGUUCCUCUCGGCUCUUCCCACGUUUUAGCAGCCCGUGUGAACUGAAAGGUGAGGCGAUCUCCACGCGCUACCCAUCCGCAGCCGAACUGGACUCCUAUGCACAAAGAACGGCCGACAGCCCCCUUUCAAUCAAGAUCUUCCCCUCCAACAUCAGGGUCCCGCAGCACAAACAAAUCAGCAGGACUGUCAAUGGCUUGGACACCGCCGGCCAGGGCUUGGGCCCGUACUCGCACCCCUCCCAAGGCUUGCUGGCGAUCGUCAAGACUUCCUCCAAAGGUGUGUUGAAGAGCGCCGAUGGAAAACGAGCCAAGCUUUCCCCUAUCCAGAUGGCGGUGGCUCCGUACGCACCACCCAGCGGCAGCAGACACCGGCAGAGGCCGUAUAGCGUUGUGUCCCACGGCGUCGUCCAUCACAUGAGCCAUGCGUCCAACGUCCAAUCCAGUCCUUCAUUCUUGGACUCGAGUUUCGCCCAGAGCGCUCUGGCAUAUUCCGGAGCUGUGCUGCCUACUCAAAGCGCGGACUACUGGGCGCAGCGGCACUAUCCACACAUGUACGGAAGCGGGAGCGGAGCCGUCGUCAGCCGCUCGCCCGAGGUCUCCUACAGAUCACACCCUCCCAGUCUAACCAUUCUAGACAAGGUCCCGUCAUCCCCUGCCAUGCAUGGCGACUUCUCGGUCGGCCAGUUCUUCGCUCCCGCUUGGAAUAGCGUGCUUGCCACACCGGAUAGCGACUGUUACAGCCUUCAGGAUCUGCCUGCCGGCUCCACCAUGGCCCCGCGCCUCCAUCCGCACACCCAGCAGCCUCCGCCGUACCUGUGCUGCGGGCCGCAGGGGAAGAGCCUCAGCAGCAGCCUGCAGUCUCUGGAGUGCCUCAUCAGCGAGAUCCACCCGCCCUGCAUCAAGGAGCGCAUGCUGGGACGAGGGUACGACCCGCACGUUCAGCGGCCGGUGUUGAGAUAGGAUACUUAUACUGGCUGAGCUGAAAGCACCGGGGAGUAGGGUUGUGUGGGUCACAGGUUUAAAGGGUAAUGGUAAUUCACACUGACCGGAAGAGACACUGGAUCCUUUCCAAUCAUUAAUGGGUACUGUGUUCAUCAAGCUAGCGUCGAUGUGUGUUUACAGACGGUUUGAAGAGAUCUAGAGCUUUUCUAAGGCCUCUGGAAGAGUAUUUCCUAUCAUACAC